UAUUGGUCAGAGUAUCAUGCCAGUCUCCUUAGAACGCACAAUAUAGUACCGCCCCUGGUGCGGUUCCUUAAAAAAGUCUGGGUAUUUGUCGGUUCAUUUUGUAUAUUUCUGGUGUUAGUACAUUAUGUGUAUGGAGCUGUUCAUUUGUCAAUUUAAGCACGGAAAUGCAUUUAUGUAAAAUUGUGGGAUUUAAAUUUUGUUGAGUAACUAGAAUACGCCCCGGGAUUUUCUAUUAUACUCAGAGACUCUGUUAGCUAGUUGGCUAAAUGGAGAGCGCGCGGUGGGCUUUCCGCUGCGGCUCGUGGACGCCGAGCUCGGGCCAAUGGCUGUUCGCCGCUCGCUGCAUUCAGCGCGAGGAGAAAGAGCGAAUCGGGCGGUUCAUGUUCGCCAGAGACGCCAAGUUCGCCAUGGUACGAGCGGGCUUCUGCCGUAGUGGUUCUGUGCCACACUUCUUCCACAUCAUGAGGAGACAGUUUACUGACCAUGAAUGGGCGGUCAUCCAGGGGGCGGGGUCAGAGUGGACCCAACUGGAUAUGUUCUACAGACACUGGGUAACCAUGGUGACCUCUGACCACCACACAUUGCCGUACACUUGCCACAAAAUUCUACCGCAUAUAAUAGGUAAUUGGGUGUCGAGGCUCCUGCUCUUGUCGGGGUCACUGAUGGCAAACGGGUCUAAGCAGAGGCGGCAGAGAUGCAGAGAUGUCAAUGGUAAACCUCAUGAAACCCUUACAGGUGUUCACACUGGGACAGAGAAUGAUACCCUGUGGGGCUGGAUGAUGGCCCCCUCAGUUCAGAAAGCACUCUGUGUGAAGCAGGCAGAAAAAAAGCCUUUUGGACGUCCAGUUGCCGAUGUUGCCAUACAGGAGGAUGACUGGACCUCCAAGAUCUCCCCGCCCCAGCAGUUCACCCUGCUGACCUUUGACGACCUCAUCUCCGGAGCCGUUCCCCUGGCGGAUGAGGAUGUACAGUACUGGGAGGAUUUCCAGAAGAAGGUGGACGCCCCGCCCCAGCCUGCUGGCCCCUCUCACUGAGCCUCACUGUCAACACACCUGACCUUGACCACUCAGCCCACCAUACGGGUCAAAAUGAACCCUCUGGACCAUUUCGGGGAGCUAAGGGCCUUUUGCUCGUGGCCAUUCUGCCGAGUAUGGGAUCCAAAACAGCAACCUUCUGAUCACAAGCCUAAUAGGCUGAGCCACACACCACGCAGUUAUGCAGCAGUACAAAAUGGUGUUCCGCAGGACUGCAGUGCAACAAACACAAAUGACAAAGGGUGGGGUUCACAGCUUAAAGAGCAACAAACAGGACAGUGUGACACAGGGGAGCUGGGCACCAGUGUUUGUUACUAUGAGGUGAGCAGGCUCAGGGCACCAUAGAAGGUUCUGUUAUUGAGUUCAUGUAGCUUCUGCCUUGCAUGUGCCUCCCUGAUGCUCCCACCCAGAACAGGCCUGCUUUAUGUUGGGAGGGAACCGCCAAUCUUAAAUGACAGGGUCAUGGUCCACAGAUGACAUAACCUGGAGUUCUCUGGAAGUCACAAAUCUUAUCUGUGAUACGUUAUUUGCAUUUCGAUUAAGGUCAUGAUUUAUGUAGAUCCUACGUAAAGUGACCACUCUGUGUAUAAUCUAAGAAUCGGAGGAGGAAUGGUAUCACACUUAAGUCCAAUAUUUCAUUAAUGUUUCAUGUCGGGGAUCGUUGAGUGGCUUGGCGGGUUAGGAAUCUGUGCUCGUGGUUGGAUGGGUACCGGUUUGAAUCCCAGGCCUGAAGCCACUGUUGGGUCCCUACACAAGACCCUUAACCCCCAGCUCCAGGGGUAUUGCACUGUGACCCCCCAAGCUUGAUCUCAACCUGUUUGCUGGUCAUGGAGAGCAAGAAGGGGUAGGUGAAAGACAGUUUCCCCAUGGGAUCAGUAAAGUUAUUCUGUUUUACAUUUAUUUCUCUGGCAGACACUUUUAAGGCAAUUAGCGGAGGGGAGGGGAGGGGAGGGGGGUUCACUACUUAUAGAGCAAAACACAGGACAGUGCGAAACUGUGGCUGGACACCAAUGAAUGUUACUAUAGGGUGAGCUCAGUCCACCAUAGAAGGCACUGUCAGGUAGGGAGGUCUUCACGAACGUGUCAAAUCAUGUGGAUUUCAGUUUGUCUCUACUUGACUGACGCUUCCACCCAGAAGAACAUGUAUGGUCUACGUUUGUGUGAGAGAACCGCCCGCCCAUAAAUAAGUGUCAUAUUCCACCGAAGCCAUUACCAGCUGCAGUUCUCUGGAAGUCAUAAAUUUUAUCUUUAUCUGUUGCCUGACCCAGCCCCUGGGCACAAAUAACAGCUCAGUGCAACAGCAGUGUACAGAAAGGCUCCUCUAAAUGCCCACUAAAGUGGUUCUGUGUUCGGGCCUAUGUAAAGAAACCCCCCAGUGUGUAUAACCUAAGAAUCUAAGAAGGAUUUCUGAGCAAUAGUUUACAAUAUCAAAAGUCCAAUAUUUCAUUAAUGUUUUAUGUUGGAGAUCGUUGAGUGACUUGGUGGGUUAGGAAUCUGUGCUUGUGGUUGGAUGGGUGCCGGUUUGAAUCCCAGGGGUAUUGCACUGUGACCCCCAACCUUGAUCCCAACUUGUAUGUAUGUCUCUAUCAUAGAGAGCAAGGGCUAGGCGGGAUCAAUAAAGUAUUGACUUUCUGUUGUA